AUAUGUAAUAGGUAAUAAUAAUAAUAAUAACAAAAUGUAUUAAAUAGUAGGUACUUCAAAUUCUAAUUGCCUAUUAGUUGUUACUCGAUACUCAAUUUCUUCUUUCCUAGUGGUUAGUUUCCUUUUUGUAUUUACUAUUUACUACUUUAUUUACUCAUAGUCCAUGAGAUGUUUACUCAGACUUCAAACGACACUUAUUAAUUUUUAAAUUCAAAGAUUUGAAAUUGGAUACGAAAAAAGCAACGCUGAUUGACAUAAUGUCCAACAAUCCUAUAAUUUAUGGAGUUGAAUUUCAGGCCAGAUCAUUGUGUACCUUGCACGCUGAUGUCGAUCAAGACUGUUUUUUAAUCGGAACUCAAUCAUUGAUCACAUCUAAUAAUCAAGUUCACCUUGUUAAAUUACAAGAAGAGACAAAUACACUUUGCCCUCAAAUAUAUGAGCAUAGCAGUGGUGAAAUAUGGUCAUUAGCUUCUUCUCCAACAGAUAAACGCUUGAUAUCUACUUGUUAUGCUAGUAUAGAACAAGACUGUGAAAAACGUACAGCUUUAUGGCGAUUGCCAGAAAGUGACGGUCAAUUAGAAAAUGUUAUUACUUUUCCUUCAGAAAAGUAUGGUACUGAUGUUAAGGUGACCACGUUUCAUCCUACUAAUGAUGCAUACAUGUGUUCUGUUAUUGAUAAUAAUUUAGUGAUGUGGGAUGUGAGUGAAAGUGGAGUAAAAAUUGUAUGUACUGCGGUAUUGGAUGGUAAAGGUCAACCAAGGUUUACUACCGGUAAAUGGAAUCCACAAAGUGUUAAUUUACAAUUUGUAACUGCUGAUGAUUGUAAUAUAAAAGCUUGGGAUUUAAGGUCCCAGACUAAAAUUGCAUGGAGUCUAGAUGGAGUUCAUACCCAAAUUAUUAGAGAUUUUGAUUUUAAUCCAAAUCGUCAGUACUAUAUGGCGACAUGUGGAGAUGAUGGAUAUUCUAAGUUCUGGGAUAUACGUAAUUCCAGCAAACCUCUAAUAUCUCGCGCUGAUCAUUCACAUUGGAUUUGGUCUAUUAGAUAUAACCCAGUACAUGAUGAAUUAAUUGGAACAGCUUCAAGUGAUGGUCAAGUCCUUAUAACACGUUUAGCUGGGAUUUCAUCUUCAGCUAUUGAAAACGAAGACCUAAAAACAAAAACUUCCAUUGAAGAUAAAAUAGUAGCUACAUGUGAUCAACAUGAAGAUUCUGUGUACUGUGUUGAGUGGUCCUCUGCAAAUUCAUGGAUAUUAGCUUCUUUAAGUUAUGAUGGUCGUUUAUUGCUUAAUAAAGUACCAAAAGAUGAACAGCUUAGAAUUUUAUUGUAAAAAGAAUAUUUUACAUUGCUAUUUUUUUAAGCAUCGAUUGUUUAAGGGUUUAAUAUAUUGUACAAAUACAUUCUAUUGUUUUCCAAGAAAACAAUAUACAUUAUCAAAGUUAAAUUGUGUCUUUUAAAUUUGGUCUAUGCAUUUAACUAAAACUAUAACU